AUGGGCAAACUACCUCUGGAGAUUAUAGACCUUGUUAUCACCGAAUUAUGGCGUCAACGGGAUGCGAAAGGUCAAUCAGCUUGCUCUCUCGUGUGCAGGGCAUGGCUACAAUAUGCGAGCGACAGGAAGUUCUCCGCGAUCGUGUUCGAGGGAAUGACUAAAGGCGAUAAUCUCUGUUACACCCUUCUGGAGCUUAUCGAUGGAAGACCUGCACUGGCACGGUCUGUUCGAUGGGUGUUUUUCUCAGAAGAUCCCGAGGACGAGGAGGACAGUGACGAUGACGACGACGACGACGAGGACGAGGACGACGAGGACGACGAACUCAGUUCUGUAUUCCACGAGUGGCUCCAACCUUCCCUGUAUAUCGCGCCUCUCCUUAGGAAGUUGACGAUGCUCCAGGGGCUGUGGCUCAAUAUGACACUCAACUGGGCGACGCUACAGGCCGACCUGAAAUCGGCCUUCUACGAUCUGUUUGCACGACCAACCAUGCAAAGUAUUUGCCUUAGGCGGAUCUCCGAUAUGGACAUCUCGCCGUUCGUUCAGUACGCUCACAUUUCUGAGCUUUCUCUACGUGCCGUCAGUGUCGUCCCCUCCAACAAUCGGGGCCUGUCCCUCAACCAGCACGAAAUGUCGCCCACUGCAGUGGCGAGCAACCUUCGCAAAUGCGACAUCAACGCAACCGCUGCAGCUGCCAUGGACAUUAUCCUCAAGGCGCCCAAUCCGAAACUCAACUUCCGCGGCGUUGCAAGACUUGAAGUUUCGACCGAUCUGUGGGAUGACAUGACACAAUCCGUCUGGGACAGGGUCACGGAGCAGUGUGUCACAACAUUGACCAAUUUGCGCAUUAUGCACUCGGUUGGCGGGGUCGAUCCUAGUCAAGCCUCCCCGUUCCCCUUCAAAAUCCUCGACCAUUUACGCUUCAGCUCACUGUCCACACUUGUACUGCACACCAAAGGGUACCUCAUUGAUAACGUCGCAGGACACAACAUCCUUCCCCACUUUCUGAAGGCACUGAGGAGCCUGGCGUCCGUGGGCAACGUUCUUCAGAGGCUGGAGAUGCAAGUCGGUUACGAGGGGGAGCCGUACUGGAAACCAUGUUCCCCUUGCGCCAUGCAGACGAUCAACAAGACCAAGGAUGCCUGGCCCUACUUAUUUUGGACAGAACUCGAUACUGUCCUCGUCUCUCCCGGCUUCAAGAUGUUCAAACUGUUUGUGCUGGAAUACUACACAGGUUGGAACAACAAGGAUUUUCCUUGUGAUUCGCUGGAGCAAAGCUUGAAGGAGCUACUCCCUCAGCUUGUGAAACGAGAUAUGCUGGAUGGUCCUCACAGGUUCUUUUUCUUUCUUCAAAUCGUCUUGUCCUUGUUUGGCUGA